GCACCAUCAUCGCUCUGCCUCGUACAUCCGACCAGGUCACCGCGGCCACCAACGAACGGGUGUGGGAUGGAUGGGCUGGGGAGCUAGGGCUUGGUCUUGGGCGGCAGAGGGAUUAGGGCGAGUGGAGGGAGAGUUCAGGCGAAGAAGGGGACUACAGGUGAGUACCCACCAUGCCAGCUCACCCAACCCUCAGAUCUCGAGCCAACACAACGCCUACGGCAGACGCGCAUACACCUCCCUCACGCCACUAUCGCUCGACGCGUGCGUUCAUGCGCGCAAGGGCGCUCAUAGGCUACAUGUCUACGUAAUAGUUCUUGAAUCCAUGCCUGCUAUAUGCGUCUUCUAUCGCGGUCGGCGCUGUUCUGCCCGCCCUGGGCUUCACAGUGGACAACUUGGGCCGGAUUCUGCCGCACACGUCUGUCCUUGAGCUCUCUCGUCGUCGCAAUGCCCCUCCAUGAAAUGUUUCACUGUGAGCUAUAUCAGGCUGAUCUCUCUCUGGAUGGGACCACUGCAAAAAAAGAUGGUCGCGUAUUUCAUCAGACUCAGCUCGGGGCCAUGUUCCCGGACGACGCGCAGACCUUUAUUUUCAAUUGCAACGACGCGGGCGUUUUCUCGUGUACUCGGUGUGCGCACACACAUCCCAAUGCAAAAACCUUUGGAGACCAUUUGCGUCGUCCGGGAAGAUGCCCGGCGCAUCUCAGAGGCAACCAGCCAAUCCAUUGUGCAACCGCUUCGCUUUCUGCGCCUAUCGGCACAACCGAGCACGCGGAGGAAGCGUCUGCCGCUCCUCUGUCGCUGUCGCCACUUUUUCGAACGUAUGGGGACACGCGGUCCUCCUCGAUUACACCGCGUCGAAGAUCCGUUUACCGAUCCGCCGGGUUAGUGGGCCAGAAGACGGUGGCGGUCCGCAUGCCUUCGCACCCCGUCGCGCGCGUGCUCAUUGCCCUCCCCUCGCCGCGCUGAUCGCGAACUCUUCGGGGAAGCCAAGUACCACACGCACGGAGCACGUCGUGCGCGGUCUCGAGGGGCGCGUUGCGAUCGUCCUGGACGGCGGGGCGGGCAGCCUGGGGGUGGGGAGCACUGUCGUCGACGGGCUGCAUCCGGACGGCGCGAUCCGUGUGCUGCAGCCGAGUGGUGUGACGGUCGAGGACCUGG